AUGAACAACUUCGAGUGGCUUCACAAGGUCGGCGCCACCAAGGAGGCCAUCGCCGUUCUCAACGAUCAGCCUCACCUUUUCACUGAUCUGCUCCUCGUUCUCCUCGGCCUCGGCUUGCAAUGUCUGUUGAUUUGGUACAUUCAUCAUGCUACCAAGAAGCCUGAGCAGAAGAAGAAGAAGAAGAAGAAGAAGCCCGUCGAGCGAUGA